AUGGCUUUAACCUGCAGCGAUAUUUGUAAAUUCAUCUUGGCUGUCGUCCUUCCACCUUUGGGUGUCUUCGCCGAACGCGGCUGCACCGUCGACAUGUUGAUCAACAUUGGUCUCACCAUCCUCGGUUGGAUUCCAGGUGUCAUCCAUGCCUUCUACAUCAUAUUGAAGUAUUAG